AUGGCUACUUCUGUAUCAGAGAAGGCAUCAGAGAAGUAUGCAACCACAGACAUGAUGUAUGCGAGAGCAGAAGACGUUCCUCCGCGCCCGUCCUUCCCGACUGAUAACCCGUCGGAGGUGACCAUUGCUGGCACCAGUUCCGAAUCCGAAAAGGUCAAGCCCUUGGCCACUGACAACACUUAUAUCUGCAUGAUGUAUACAAAGGCAUCAGAUGUCCCUCCACGUCCUCCAUUUCCAACUGCUGCCACUGUUAUCGGUAAACAAGAGACUGGAACGCUUGCAACUGUCCCUAAAUUGACACUUGGAAGCAGUGAUAGCCAUGUUGGUACUCGUCUUUCUUUUCAUCGUCCGUCAUUGUGGCCAAACGGUUCUCGAAUCCGUGUUCGUUUUGGCAACGGCACCCCGACCCUUUGGGCUAGAGUUCAAGCCUACGUCGCAUGGUGGACUGCGUAUGCCAACAUUACCUUUGAAUUCGUCGAUAGCGGGCCCUCCGAGGUACGCGUCACGUUCAACACCAAUGAUGGCUCCUGGGCCCUCAUGGGCACCCAGAACUUGCAACGCGCGCAAGACCAACCUACCAUGAACCUGAACAUUGACGAAAACAUGCCCCCGGAACGUGUCCGCGCUGAGAUUCUCCACGAAUUCGGGCACGUUUUAGGAGCUAUCCACGAACACCUGUCGCCCUUGGCUCGGAUCCCCUGGAAUGAAGCCGCCGUUUACGAUCAUCAUCGUCAGCUGGGUAACAGCCAGGAGUGGGUUGACCACAAUAUCCUCAGACUGCCAUAUCCCGAAUCUGAGGUUGAUGCCGAUGCCGACGACCGCUCUAUCAUGGUUUACCCAUAUCCAGCUAGCUUUACUACCAAUGGCACAUCGGUUGGCUGGAUGACCGACCUCUCUACCAGAGACUACCAGAGAAUCGCAAUGGUUUAUCCCCGAAACCAAUACGCGGUCUCAUCCGUCGCUACGAACCAGCCCCUCGAAGAGCCCAUGGAGUGGCAGAGCAUCACACUGGGUAUCUCGCCCCAGCAAUCCUCACCGCCCCAGUUCGCUUCGGCCCUCUCGUAUAUCGACAUGUCCAACCGCGAUGACGAUCUCCGAGUGCGAGCUCAAGUAACCGAUGUGCAGACCGACCGCUUCACAGUUGGCGUAGGGAGCUGGGGAGACAGAAUAUUCUACAACGGCGGCGUCUCGCUGCUGCGAGUUCCCGCCGGCGAUGCCAACUUCCGCAUGGGCACAAUCACCAACGCCGGGCCAAACAGCUACAGGAUCCAAUUUCGACCCCCCUUCCCGCCCGGGACUAUACCGAACGUCUUCGCCGCCUUCAGCGGAAUCGACUCGGGCGAUAACUGGCGCGGCGCACUCGACAUCCACAAUGCGAACGCCGCCCAAUUCGACAUCCAAGUGUCCGCCUGGGGUAGCUCCGUCCUGUACAGCGCCAACGUGCAGUGGAUCGCGUAUCCCAACAAUCUGCCUGGCGUGGAGCUGGGGACUUUCACGGGUGCCGGGAGCUCUAGUGGCAGGUACCAGCUCCGGAACACGUUCUACAACACGCCGAUGGUGUUCACGGGCUUCCAGCGCUUCGACAUCAGUGCGAAUCAGAAUGCGCGUCUCCGGGUUCGGGCUACGGCGGCGGAUCCGACGCGCGUCGAUUGGGCGAUUGAGACCUGGUCUGAUAGUGUGGUUUACAGCAUCGUCGGUGUAUUCCUCGCUAUUAGCUCGGGGGGUUGA